UCAGUCGAGUGCCCGCCAGUCGGCCUCGCGCAUCGGUCGUGCGCGCACGCGUACGGCAGCACAAUGUUGAGGAAAAGCGUGCUUCUUGUGACGAAAAACAUCAACAAAUCUAGUAAUUUGAGAUGGUUGAGCCUGAUCCAGGCGUCUCCCACCGAGAGCUACAUGAAGCACAUCGGCAGCGAGCCCCUACAGCAAGCUACCAUCAGUCAGGCGUUCCUGGAGACCGUCAACAAGCACCCUACGCGGCUGGCGCUCCGCUCUGUGCACGAAGGCGCCGCCCUCACCUAUGAGCAACUGCUCAAGCAGGCGGAUGCAUUAGCGUGUGCGCUGCGUGCGCAGGGUCUGCAGCGCGGUGACCGGCUGGGCGUGUGGGCGCACAACUGCGCCGCCUGUGUCGUGGCCAUCUUGGCAGCCGCGCGCGCCGGUCUCAUCGCUGCAUUAAUCAAUCCCGCAUACGAAAAAUCAGAGUUAAGCUACUGCCUAAAGAAGGUGGGUGUGAAGAGCCUCGUGGUAAGCGAGCAGCUGCCCAACCGGCGCUACCACACCACCCUGAACCAGCUCAUCCCGCAGCUGCAGAACUCCAAGCCUGGUCGCCUGUCUUCAGACGAAUUCCCCGACCUCAUCUCCGUCAUAGCUGCGGGGAAAGAGAAGUUUGAUGGGGCGUUCAACUUCGAGUCGCUGGUGGAAGAAUACGCGAACCAAGAUGCGUCCAAAUACGCGAGCGAGGUCAAACCUGAAGACGGCUCCAUAAUUCAUUUCACAUCGGGAACCACAGGCAACCCCAAAGCGGGGCUGGACUCGCAGCGGGGCGUGGUCAAUAACACUUACUUCGUGGGCAAGCGGCUCGGCUACCACGACGGCCAUCAGGACAUCUGCGUGCAGGCGCCCAUUUUCCACGCGCUGGGCUCGGUCGUCACGCUGCUGGGCGGCUGGCGGCACGGCGCCACGCUCACGCUGCCAGCGCCGCUGUACGACGCGCGCGCCGCGCUUCAAGCGCUGCACGACCACCAGUGUUCAAUUAUUACUGGAACGCCAACGAUGUUUGUGGACAUGCUAUCUCAGAUGCGCGGCUCGUCGCUCAAGCCGCGCUUGCGCCGAGCGCUAGCAGCCGGCGCGCCGCUCAGCCCGCAGCUCGUGCGAGACAUCCACAACCUUCUACACGUGGAUUCCGUCAAGACACUGUACGGGCUGACGGAGGCGACAGCGGGGCUGUUCCAGUCGCUACCAGAAGACGGCGUGGACGUGGUGGCAGACACCGUUGGCUUCCUGCACGACCACCUCGAGGUCAAGGUAGUGGACCAGGAAGGCAAGACUGUUCCGUGGGGUUCCAGUGGUGAGCUGUUGCAGCGCGGCUACAGCACCAUGCUGGGCUACUGGGCCGAGCCCGGGAAGACCAGCGAGGUGCUGGCUGACGACGGCUGGCUGAGCACCGGCGACAAGUUCGUGCUAAGGCCGGACGGGUACGCGCGAAUCGUGGGCCGGCUGAAGGACAUCGUGGUGCGCGGCGGAGAGAACAUCGCGCCCAAGGAGAUCGAGGACCUGCUCAACACGCACCCAGACAUUGUCGAGAGCCAGGUGGUGGGCGUAUCAGACGAGCGAGUAGGCGAGGAAUUGUGCGCGGUUGUCCGCCUUCGUCCCGGGGCUUCCAUUACGCUCGACGACGCGCGGCGCCACCUGGCGGGCAAACUGGCCCGCUUCAAGAUGCCUCGAAUACUCAAGACGGUGGACGACUUCCCUAAGACCACCUCCGGCAAGAUUCAGAAGUUCAAGCUCAAGGACAUGGUCGAGGCCGGCAAGAUAUGAGCUGUGAUUUUGUGAUUUACUUAGGUGUUUUAAUUGCCUUCUUCUUUAGUCAAAUGAAAUACAGGCUGAUGAUUUUUUAAAUGAAUUAUACACAAUA